AUGGCAGGGAUGACGGGAGGCCAAGAUUCUGGACCCAUCACGUUUCUCGCGAUGCUGGAUUUUCCCAUUAUGGAAAAGACAACGCCAACGAAAACCAUUUCCCUUGCGAUUCCUGCUGACAGCACAUAUGAUUGUAGCCAUUGCUGGGAAGCUGAGACCGCCCAUGCCACCGGAGUAUCGCACCAUGGUAUAGCCACCCCUCAGCAAAGCCCAGUGACUCAGACUAUUGCGCCGAUACUUUUCGAUUCGAGCGGAAUUUCGACCGCUGAUCAUGGCAUGAUGACUUCUUCGGCUUCGCACAUGGAACAGUCCGGACGCCCCUGGGCUGUCCCAAAUCAUACAAGUCUUACCGGAACCAUUUACUACCUCGGGGCGAUUAUGGGGUGUCCGAAAGGCAUGCAACCACGAAAAUGCAAGACUCUUGUGGGAAUACUACUCGGAGGUUCACGAGGAAUGGCGGCAACGAUCGGUUCCGACCACAACCAAACCUUAUACUUCCUGGACAUCCUCCAACCCUCUCGAGUCGAACUCGACAACCCCAAAUGGUGCGAUGGGGGCAAUCAACGGCAGGCUACUCCCAUCUUGAGCCUCACGAAUGCAACCCCUCUUGUAUCAACCCUCCUUAAAUAUCAGAAUCAGCACAAUGUGGGAAAUGGCGAUGCUAUGUUUGCGACCCAAAAUAGUUCUCCAUUUUCACGUCACAAGGUAUAA